AUGACAGAAAAGACAGAAAUAUUAUUUUGGAAAGUUUUUAAAAAUAAAUUUAUAUUCAACGAGAUAUUUAAUAAAGUUCACAACAAUCAAUGGAUUGAAUAUGAUGAACCAAAUAAAUAUAAUGUUUACAAUAGAUGUAAAUUUAAAUAUACCCACUCUUUACAAAUAAUGAUAAAAAAUGAUCUACUCCCAUUAAUUAAAGAUAAAAUCAAACAUGGUGAUCAUAUAGAAAUAGAUCGUAAUUCAAUAAAAUAUCUUUUUUCAAAAUUAUCAAAAACACCACCAGUACAACUAUAUAGUCAAAUUGAAAUAACUAUUUUUAAUGAAGAUUAUUUAGAAAUAAUUGAAUUAUUAAUGAAACAUAGAAGAGAUGAAUUUGAAAUUACUGAUUUAAUAAAGAUGGCAGUAAUUACAAAUUCACCAGAUGUUAUUAGAUUAUUAGUUAAUGAACCAUAUUCAGUUAUAAUUCAUCCAACAAUAUUUGAAUUUGCAAUUAUAAAAUCAAAUUUAGCAACAAUUAAAGAACUAAUAAAUUUAGAAUCAAUAAAUUUUAAAAAUUAUGGUAUUAAAUUAAUCAAUGAAGAAUUUAAAAGAAAAUCAUUAUCAUUGGCAGCACAUAGAGAAACUCUUAAAACUACAAUCACUGAAUACAUUUUUAAUAAUCCAUCAUUAUAUUCAAUACCACCACCAUUAUCAUUAAUAAAUAAUCAAAAAGAUGAUGAAGAAGGAAUAAAAUAUGAAUAUAUUGAAUUUGAAGAAUUUAUAGGGUUAAAAUCAAGCAGCUUAUUAAAAUCAUUAAUGGAAUUUGAUAUAGUAAAAGGAAAGUUUAAAAAAAAUACAGUGAAUUCAUUUCUCAAAAUGUAUCAUCCAUAUGAAAGAUUAAAAGUUAAUAUUCAAAUUAUACUAAAGUAUGGUACUCCAUCAUUAGAUACAAAAGAAAUAAAAGAGAUUUUAGAUAAAAUAGAUAAUAUUGAUGAGAAAGAUUCAAAUCAUUUAUAUAAAUUACAAGAAUUGGCAGCAUUACAAUUCCCAAACCAAAAAAACUUUUGUUUUUAUUAUUCAAAGAAGUAUGGUAGAAAUGAUGAAAGUAAAGAACAAGUUAAUGUUGGUAUUCAAGAGCAAUUAGAUACAUAUUCAGAUUGGGAAAUUGAAAAUGAGGUUGAAGAAGAAGAAGAAGAAAACGUUAAUAAACAACGAGAGUAUUUCAAUAAUUUUAAUAAAUUUAGAAAAGCAACAGUUUAUAAUUUAUCCGAAAGAUAUUCAUCUGUAACUUCUAUUUAUUUAAAUACAAUGAAAGAAGGAGAUAUUGAUACAAUGAAAAAGCUUGAUAAAAUCAAAAUUUAUGAUGGUGCCUCGGGUCCAGUAUUUAGAUUAGAUGUUUCAAGAUUUCAUUAUUUCCAAUUACCAAAAGAAAAAGAAGUUUUAAUGAAAGUUUGGGAUUAUUUAAAUGAACACUCUUUUAAACAGAUUGGUAAUAAUUAUGAAAUUCUCAUGGAAUUCUUCUCAAGUGUAACAGAUAUAAUAUCACCAUUAGAUUUGAAAAUUAGUAAUCUUGAAGAUUUCAUGAUGGCGAGAUUAAGUUUAAUGUUAUUUAAUUCAUUGACUAAAAAUAAUUUAAAUGUAUUUCAAUUAUUAUUAAAUAGUUUUGAUAAAUUUAAUUUUUUAAAUGGAGUGGUAGUGGAAAUGAACAAACUUUUGAAUAAAGAAAAGAUUUUAUUUGGUAGUGAUGGUAAAAUCAUACAACUUGAUAAUAAAUAUAUCAAUCAAUUAAUCAAAUCAAUUGAAAUGGCCGUGGAAAAGUAUAAUAAAUUCAUUUCUGAACCAAUAGAGAAUGGAGUAGAGUCAUUUAGCAUCAUUUUAAAUCAUUUAUACGAUCAAUUAAUUAGAAUUAAAGGUAUAUCAGUCGAUCAAUUAGAUUAUAUUAGAUCAAUUAUUCCUCAACAAUUAUUAGCAUUCAAAUGGGAUGUCUAUCGUAUCUUUUUCUAUCUCAAUAUCAGAUCUCGAAAAUUAACAAAAUACAUACUCUCUAGGCCUAGAGUUAGUCUGUUUACUGAAGGCAAUCGAAAUCAUUCUCCUCUCUACAAUGUCUAUACAAGCGAAGGAUCUUAUACACUUGAUUUAAGAAAAUAUUUAAAAUUAGAUUUAUUCACAUAUGAUUAUAUUUUAGGUAGAGAGAAUACAAGUAGUAGUGGUAGUGGUGGUGCUUAUGAAAAUAAUAAUAAUAAUAAUAACAAGAAGUUUAUAAAUCAAUUCGAUACAAUAUUAAAAGAAUUGAUUAAACAAUUAUCACUUGAUAUUUGUACAGAUGUUAGUAAUAUAGAUGAAAUUCUUGAUGGUGAAGAUUUCUUUAUGGUUUCAUUUAAUAAAGAUUUAAAAUAUAGUUUGGAUAUUGGUAGAAAAGAUUUAUUUUGGGAAUUAUUAGAUUGGAUUCAACAAUAUAUGAUUAAAAAUGAAAAUUUAAUGAGGUAUCAAGUUUAUCAAUUCAAUUCACCAUAUGAAUCAUUAUUACCAACUAGUACAAUAUUUUCAAAAGUAAAAAUAAUAGAAUUACCACCACCAACAACAACAACAACAGCCACAGUAAAAGCAAAAGAAACAACAACAACAAUUGGAAGUAGAAUAUUAAAAAUUGAUAAUUUUGAAAACCCAAUAACAAAUGAAUCAUCAGUUAAAAUUGGUUGGAAUGAAAAUAAAUUAAUUGAACCAUUCAAACCAAUGUCAAAACUUAUAAAUUCAUUUAAAUUCCAACGAGAAGUCAUACGAUCAAUUUGUAGAGUAAUGAAUGUAAAUGAAAUUCAAAGAUUUAUACAACACAAUUUCUUUGUAUCAAAUUUCCAUAUUUUAAUUUAUUCAUGUGCAGUAUAUAAUAAUAGAGAUGACAUAAUGUCAUUCCUAUUAAAUAAUUAUAAUAUCAAAUUUAAUACAUUUCCAAUUUUCUCUGAGGAAGAAAAGAAACAUUCACAAUAUUUAGAAUGUAAAUUCAUCCUUGAAAAUCAUUUUGAAAAAGUAAAGAAUAUUUCAAAAUUAAAAUUAGAAUGGCGUGAAAGAAGAGAUUUACAAUUCCCAUUGGUUUUAUUAAAUGCUUUUGUUUUUUUCCUUUGUAAUCAAUUCAAUAUCUCAACAUAUAAUAAAUUCAUUCAAAAUGAAGAUUUAGAAAUUAGAAAACAAGCAAUUAAAGAAACAAUUAAAACAUUAAUGGGGGUGCACGAUGAAGAUGAAAAUGAAACAUAUAAUUUAAAUGAGAAUUUUGUAUCGGUAAUAAAAGAAGAAAAUCAUAAAGUUUUACUCAUUAAAUCAAUUAUUGAGCAAUCAGAUACUCAACUAUACUUUAAAUCAGCUUUGGAUCAAGUUUUAUUGGAAAUAAUAAAGAAAAGAAAAACUGAUGAAAUUAAUUCUCCAUUGAUUGAAUAUUGUGGAAAUUCAUUCUCACAAGCUUUUUUUAAUGGUGAUAUUAAAACUUGUAAUCUCAUUCUCAAAUACUAUCCAAAUCAAUUUAAAAUCAAUAAAGAUUCAAUCACUGAAGCUUUACAAUUGCAAAAUAUUCAUAUUAUUAAAUAUUAUUACAAAGUUGAAAAUUGUAAAAAUUUAAUUAAUAAUUUUAAAAAUGAUAAUAAUUUAUUAAAACAUUUAAAAAAUGAAUUAUCAAAACAUCCAAUUUAUAAAUAUCAUUUAACUUGGUUAUAA